AUGGCGGUGCCAAACAUGGAUCUAUUCGAAGCUUACUUUAAGAGAGCUGAUUUAGACGGAGAUGGAAGAAUUAGUGGAGCUGAAGCUGUCUCUUUCUUUCAAGGAGCCAAUUUGCCCAAACAAGUCCUUGCUCAGAUAUGGAUGCAUGCUGAUCAGAGUCGUACUGGCUUCCUUGGCCGUCCGGAAUUUUUUAAUGCUCUUAGACUUGUAACUGUUGCACAGAGUAAGCGAGACUUGACACCGGACAUUGUCAAGGCGGCAUUGUAUGGACCAGCUGCAGCUAAAAUCCCACCACCACAAAUUAAUCUUCAAGCCACAGCUGCGCCUUCAUCUGCCCCACAGAUGGGUGCUGGCGCCCCAACAGCAUCUCAAGGUUUUGGCUUUAGAGGACCAGGAGUUCCAACGGCUGGGCCUCAAAUGGUUGGUUCAUCUGCCUCGCAGAUGGGUGCUGUUGCCCCAACAACAUCUCAAGGUUUUGGCUUUAGAGGACCAGGAGUUCAAGUGGCUUCGCCUCAAAUGGUUGCUUCAUCUGCCCCACAAAUGGGUGCUGUUGCUCCGACGGCAUUGCAAAGUCCUGGUUUUAGAGGACCAGGACUUCCAAAUGCUACUAUGAACCCACAGUACUUUCCUCAGCAAAGUCAGACAACGAGACCACUUCAGGGUGUCCAUCCUGGAACUGCUUCCCGUCCCCCUCAGGGUAUGCCACCCAGUAGUCUGGGGGUUCCAUCAAUGCCUACUGGAACUGCUUCUCGUCCACCUCAAUUCAUUGCUGGUGGUGCUGUUGGUCCCACUCCCAGCGUUUCCAACAUCUCAAAUGAUUGGCUUGUUGGAAGCACUGCUGGAGCUCCAACUGGGCCUGGAGGGGUCCGACCAUCCACGCCCGCCACAACUGCUAAUGAUUCUAAAGGCCCAGUUGUUUCUGGAAAUGGAUUUGCCUCUGACUCGUCUUUUGGUGGUGAUGCGUUUUCUGCAAUUCCUACUGCAACAAAACAAGAACCCUCUCUGCCGAAUUAUUCUGCUACUAGUGGUGCACAACCUCCGGUUAAGUCCGGCUCGCUUGAUUCACUGUUGAAAGCUGUUAGCACACCGACCUCAUCUUCUAGUUUUCCAGUUUCUAGUGUUGCACGAGGCCAAGGUCCAGUUAAGUCCAGCUCACUUGAUUCACUUCAGAGUGCUUUUGCAAUGCAAUCUCUAGGUGGUCAGCCUCAGCGGACCCAAUCAUUACCGAGCUCUGGCCCACAAGUUUCUGCUUCAAGUUCUCCCUUACCUGUGUCACCUGGGAUUUCAGUUGGAGUUGGAAAUUCCACUGAUAACACACAGCUUUCAUGGCCAAAGAUGAAACCGACAGACAUUCAGAAAUAUACCAAAGUUUUUAUGGAAGUGGAUACUGACAGAGAUGGAAGAAUCACUGGUGAGCAGGCACGGAAUCUUUUUUUGAGCUGGAGGCUACCAAGAGAGAUUUUAAAGCAGGUCUGGGAUUUAUCUGAUCAAGAUGGUGAUAGCAUGCUUUCUUUGAGGGAGUUCUGCUUUGCCCUUUAUUUGAUGGAGCGGUACAGGGAAGGCCGUCCUCUUCCAGCAGCUCUUCCAAGCAAUGUUAUGUAUGAUGAGACCUUGUUGUCCAUGACAGGUCAACCCAAAGUUGCUUAUGGAAAUGCUGCGUGGGGUCCCAGUCCUGGUAUGGGUUACAAUUUCUUUGAAAAGCAGCAGGGGGUGGGUGCCCGACCCGUGGGCCCUUUCCCUGGUAUGAGGCCACCAGUUCCAGUAACUGCCCCCCAGCCUGAUGGUGCAAUGGUCAACAAUCAGCAGAAGUCAGGAGCAUCAGUGUCGGAGGAUUCCUUUUUGAACCAACAUGAUGGUGGAGAGCAGAAUUCAGCGAACUCAAUGACUCAAGAUGGAACAGCCGCAGAGAAAAAGGCAUCAUGCUCCCCACUUUUGAUUAAUGAAGCAGAGAAGCUGAUUUUGGACUCCAAAGAGAAGAUUGAGUUUUACCGCUCGAAAAUGCAGGAUCUUGUUCUAUAUAAAAGCAGAUGUGAUAAUAGGCUAAAUGAAAUCACAGAAAGAGCUUUGGCAGAUAAACGUGAGGCAGAGUUGCUGGGUAAGAAAUAUGAAGAGAAGUACAAGCAAGUUGCGGAAGUGGCAUCUAAAUUAACAAUUGAAGAGGCAACAUUUCGUGACAUUCAGGGGAGAAAACUGGAGUUACGUCAAGCAAUAACUAACGUGGAACAAGGUGGCAGUGCAGAUGGUAUUCUUCAGGUUCGUGCUGAUCGUAUACAAUCAGACCUUGAUGAGCUAUUGAAGGCUUUAACUGAACGCUGCAAGAAACAUGGACUAGAUGUUAAGUCAACUGCAGUGAUUGAGCUUCCUUUUGCAAGCCCUUCCCAGUUCAAAGAAAAGGUUUUGCUACUUGAUGUGUUUUUUGAUAAGAAAAGGCAGGGCUGGCAACCAGGAAUUGAAGAGGGUGCUGCUACUUGGGAUGAAGAGUGGGACAAGUUUGAAGAUGAAGGGUUUUCCAAUGAGCUCACUGUUGAUGUGAAAAGUGCUCCUGCUCAAAAGGAGAGAUCAUCUGCAGAUGGUAGUUUAACCCCUGAUUCAUUGUCAAAUGGUGAUGGGAGAUCAGGGAUUUUUACUGGUGAACAUGUGUUUGAGAGUGAAUCUGCAUAUAACCACAGUGGAGAUGAAAUGGCAAGAAGUCCUCAAGGUAGUCCAGCUGGCAGGACUGCUUCAGAAAGUCCAUCUCAAGAAUUUUCUGAUGUUUUUGCCAAGAAUACUGAAACAGAUGUAGAUACACACAGAAGUUUUGAUGAAUCGACUUGGGGUGCUUUUGACACAAAUGAUGAUGUGGACUCAGUCUGGGGAUUUAACCCUGCAGGCAACAAGCAGGACUCUUCUGAGAACGAGAGAGAUUUCUUUGGAUCUGAUGAUUUUGGUCUAAAGCCUAUAAGAACGGAAUCCACGUCCACUGGGAAUACUUUUCAGAAAAAGAGUAUAUUUUUUGAAGAAUCUGUUGCAGGCUCCCCAAUGUCAAGAUUUGGCAACUCUCCAAGGUACAGCGAAGCAGGGGAUCAUUUUGACAAUUUCUCGAGAUUUGAUUCCUUCAGCAUGACUGAAGGUGGAUUUUCACCACGAGAAAAGCUUUCAAGGUUCGACUCCAUAAACAGCUCGAAAGAUUUUGGCCACAGUCGUGCAUUCUCUUCGUUUGAUGACUCAGAUCCUUUUGGCUCCAGUGGCCCCUUUAAGGUUUCAUCAGACAAUCAAACUCCCAAAAAAAGUUCUGACAACUGGAGUUCUUUCUAG